AGUGAGUGAGCUCAUGUUAGAGUGCACACUGACAAUGCUGCAUUACUUUGCGCUGUGAAAGUGUGUCAGUGGGUUACAUUGACACCAAUGCAAAGCGCCAUGAAGGAGGAGCCGGUGAACUGGGUCACAUGGGCCGCAAUGAGCACUUUUACACUAACACAACAGUCAGCACAGCGCUACAGAGUCGCCCUGUUUGUGUAGCCGGUCCUUUAUCUCUGUACAUGCAGGUUACACUGUGGGGUUUUAAUCGGAUUGUUCCUUUAACUCAAAGAGUCGUGCAGCGUUCACGAAAAACUGGUGACAUUUUCAUUUUAUAUUCAGAGCGAGCAGAAAGUUUUGAUCCGACAGAGAAAUAAACAUCCCCGUGUUGUCGGAGGACAUGGAAUCAACAAAAGCUGGAGGCGUUAUAGCCUACAUCAGGUCAUCCAGCUCAGCCUCCAGCCCCGAGUCGUGCCACAGCGACAGCUCCAACGGCAGCUACCAGUUUUUAUCCUCUUCGCCUAGUGCGUCUUUUUCCAACCGCCACAACGGACAGCAGGUGGACGCGUCCAGCUUCUCCCAGCCUCAGAGUCACAGCACGACCAAGACGCGCUCUCCAUCUAACACCAAAUCUGGUAUCACCAAGAUCAGUGGCCUGGUUCUGCUGUGUAAAGUGUGCGGAGACGUGGCUUCAGGGUUUCAUUAUGGUGUUCACGCCUGCGAAGGCUGCAAGGGUUUCUUCCGGAGGAGUAUCCAACAGAACAUCCAGUAUAAAAAGUGCCUUAAGAAUGAGAACUGCCCCAUCAUGCGCAUCAACAGGAACCGAUGCCAGCAGUGUCGCUUUAAGAAGUGUCUGCUGGUUGGCAUGUCUAGAGACGCUGUGCGUUUCGGACGCAUCCCGAAGCGAGAGAAACAGCGCAUGCUGCUAGAGAUGCAGAGCGCUAUGAAUAACAUGAUGAACAACAGCCAGCUGCAUGGCAGCAGUCCAACAGUUUCCAGCAGCCAGACUCAACCAUGUCCAGCGAAGCCAACAUCUCAUGCUACUCCUUCCUUCUCCCCUGCCUCUUCCCCUCAAAGCAGCCAAUCUGAUCUGAGCAAUGACCCUGAGCCUUCACUCCCAAUGGACACAAGCUCAAGCUCUGACUCAUCCAGUGCCACAGACAGUGGAGAAGAAGAGGUCGUCGGCACGGGGAUGAGGCCUGCGCACGAAGCCGAACGCAUCAUGGACGACACGCAAGAGGAAUGGAACCACCAUAAUAACAUAGUAUCACGCCAGCACCCAUGUUUACGCCACACUCCUCAGGAUACUCACAAAGCACCACAGGAAGAUAAUUCUCUCAGCCACUGCCCUGUUAGAGUGAGCAACAGUGCCUCCAAUGGCCAGUGCCAUGUCCAGAUGCUCACCAAUACUGACCCGAGUUACCCAUGUCCUGCCUCUGUUAUUGGCCAGUCGCCUCGGGCGCACAACUCCAAUGCAACCCGAGCUAACAUGAGCUACAGUGGUCCAGUUUGGAGUGGAGGAAACAGAAUGCAUCUGGUGUGUCCCAUGAACACGUCUCCCUAUGUGGACCCACAUAAAUCAGGACACGCUAUCUGGGAGGAGUUUUCCAUGAGCUUCACUCCAGCUGUAAGGGAGGUGGUGGAGUUUGCCAAACGUAUCCCUGGGUUCAGGGAGCUGUCGCAGCAAGACCAGAUCAGUCUCCUCAAAGCGGGUACUUUUGAGGUGCUUGUGGUACGUUUUGCAUCACUGUUUGACGUAAAGGAGCGCACCGUGACAUUCCUGAGUGGGAAGAAGUACAGUGUGGAGAUGCUGUGCUCUAUGGGUGCCGGUGACCUGCUUAACUCCAUGCUGGAUUUCAGUGAGAAGCUGCGAGCACUGGAUCUCAGCGAGGAGGAGAUGAGCCUCUUCACUGCUGUUGUACUUGUCUCUGCCGACCGCUCAGGCCUGGAAAAUGCCAAGUCAGUAGAAGCGCUACAGGAGUCGUUGAUCCGCGCCUUGAGAAGCCUUAUCACUCAGAGCCACCCGAACGAGAGUGCCAUCUUUACCAAGCUGCUUCUCAAACUGCCUGAGCUGCGCUCGCUCAACAACAUGCACUCGGAGCAGCUCCUGGCCUUCAAAGUCCAGCCAUGAAAAGCAGAUCUUCCAGUAGCUUGUGCAGCCAUUUCAGGUGCAGAACUUCCAGAUUCUGGACUUUUAUCAAAUCAGAUCUUUCCACCUGACAACCUGAAGGCUUGAUAUAAAGAGUGAAAAUAGAAAGAAAAUGAGUCGUGUACUGUAAAAGGUGUACAGUGUGACUUCUGUCGUAAAUCAGAACUACAAGGAAAACAGAUUAGAGAGAGUUUGUGAUUCCUUGGAGAAACUGUACGCAGUCCUCUUUCAGAGGCACCUUCUUGAAUUUCGUUUUAGACUUUAAACUGCUUAACUGUCUGUGCAAUAUGUGACCCAUGUUUACUGUUCAUGUUUUUGGUCUUUUUAUGUUUGGAGAGAUGCUGCUGUCUACAUACUGCAGUGCUGUGGUACCGUAGGAUAACCUUUCUUUCACUUAAGCAGACGGUACCUAACACAAACCUAUAUACAUUUUUGGAGUAUGUCAAUGGUGGGAUAUUUCCAUACAUCCUCUGUUAUGCUAAACACAAGUAUAAACUAAUACCAGAAAUAAGAUGAGUGGAUGUUGUCACUGUGUGUGUCAACAACAUGCCUCACUGUUUGACACACACACACACACACUGACACACACACACACACAUAUUAUAUAUAUUAUUUAUGUGUGUGUGUGUGGGUAUGUAUUUUUCCUAGCCGAGUACUUCUUGCUGAGUAAAAUGACGCUUAUUUUUAGUUUAGCAUAAUGUUACAGCUGUGUAUAUAUUUUGUGAACGAUAAGACUUUAUUUGGUUUAACUGAAUUAUAAACGCUCUGGCAGUGUUUCUACAUUACAAGGAUUUAGAAGCUAACUUGAUCAGUUAUUAGCCUGCAUGCACUGUUCUGUGGUAACAAUGGGACCCAAUCGAAACAUUCUGAAAAACCUUUUAAGUCAAACCCUCCCUGAUGGUUGGCACUAUCAGGUUGUGUGUGUGUGUCUGUGUGUGUCUGUGUGUGUGUGUGUGUGUGUGUGUGUGUGUGUGUGUGUGUGUGUGUGUGUGUGUGUGUGUGUGUGUGUGUGUGUGUGUAUGUAUAUAUAUAUAUAUAUAUAUAUAUAUAUAUAUAUAUAUAUAUAUAUAUAUAUAUAUAUAUAUAUAUGAAAGCAGGAUUUAUCAAUGCUAACAAUUAGAAAACAUUUAUGUCUUCUUUGCUGAUGUUCCCUUUUUGAGUAGUAAUUAGAAUUCUGGACAGACGGGUGACAAAUUAAAUGGAAAAAAGAAAUACCAGUGGCUCAGUUAUUUUAGUGGGGUAUUUUGCUGAUAUGUAUGAUGUCCACUGGGAGGGAAGGUUUUUUUUUUUUUACUGACUGAUCACCUUAAUGAUCUGAUGAAACCUUUCUAUCCUGAGGGCCGUGUCUCUGCCCCAUCAGGAUAAUGCACUGAAUGGUUUAAUAUAAAUGAUGGAAAUUAAAUGCCAAUGGUCUAUACUACAGCUUAAACAAAUUAGAAACUCAUGGGAUAUUUUUGACCAGAAAAAACAUCAAUUAGAUAAAAAAACAUUGUGUUCAUCCAUCCAGUACGGUUCUAGAAACCAAUCUGUUUCACACUUCUCUGGCAGCUUGGAGCAUCCCAGAACCAAUGGCACUUUACUUUGUUGUUUUUUCUUCAAUUUGUCACCCGUCUGUAUUUCAGAUUUGUAAUCUUGUAUUUUUUUCUUUCUGGUCAAGUAUGUUCUGUACGAAUCCUUUAGAAUAGAGUUAUAUUUUGGCAUUAGAGUUUUCAGUGCAACACAUAAGCAUAUCACAAGACAGACCAAGAACAAUCACACCAGACAAACAAGGUACCUUGAGCAGACAUUCUAAUUUCUGUCUUGUGCUUUCACUUGGAGAGGGACAAGACCGUGUCAGCUGGAAAUCUAUUUAAAUCUGGUUUAUUUUUGGUUUGACUGAAAUAUCACAUUUACCUCAUAAUGAUUGUAGUGUUGUUGACACUUGAUUGUAUUUGCAGUGGCACUGAAGAUGUAGUUUUCAGUCAUCGUAGAUUUGGACAAUUUCCUUGUAGUUUGUGUACUUCGGUACUCACUACAUUUAAGUUUCCUCUCAGUAUCCACCUUGAGCAUCUGUCAGCACUGGAUUGCCAAAAAUCUGGUCUUGUACUGGUUUUAUGUGUGAAAAUGUUGCAAAAUACAUAGAUUUAUUUGUGUAAGAUAUAUAAAUAUAUAUACACACAUAUAUACAUACAAAUAAUAUAUAUAUUACUAAAAAAUAAAUACUAUAAAUGAACCUCC